UCGACUGCAGUCAACCAACCCAAUAACUCUGGUUGUAGGUCACUGCUCGGGCUUUUACAGUUUUCCCUUCUUUUUCUCUUAUCCCCCUCCCCUUCUUCAUUUUCCCCUCACCCCUCCUCCAUCUGGCUACUGUUGCUUAGAUUGCAACAACCAUUGUCCACCAUGGCUCGCUCCCAGAGCUACUGGACUAUCGCCUUUGGCAUGAUAGCCUGGAGCCUGGUAUUAUUCAGUCCCCUCGCAUUUGUCGGAUCUGCGAGGGCAGAUGAUGUCGCCGAUUAUGGCACUGUUAUUGGUAUUGAUUUGGGAACCACAUAUUCAUGCGUUGGUGUGAUGCAAGGAGGAAAAGUAGAAAUUCUUGUCAACGACCAAGGAAACCGAAUUACCCCUUCAUACGUUGCCUACACCGAGGAAGAGAGAUUAGUCGGAGAUGCUGCCAAACAACAAGCAGCAUCCAACCCUACAAACACAGUAUACGACGUCAAACGAUUUAUCGGCCGGAAAUGGGCUGAGAAAGAAGUCCAAAAUGAUUUGAAGCACUUCCCCUACAAGGUGGUCGAGAAGGAUGGAAAACCUCUCAUCCAGGUCGAGUUCCAGGGUGCCACCAAGAAGUUUACCCCCGAAGAAAUCUCUGCCGUCAUCCUAGGCAAGAUGAAGGAGGUUGCUGAGUCCUACUUGGGCAAGAAGGUUACCCACGCUGUCGUCACUGUUCCCGCCUAUUUCAACGACAACCAGAGACAGGCCACUAAGGACGCUGGCAUCAUCGCUGGUCUCAAUGUGCUACGCAUUGUCAACGAGCCUACUGCCGCUGCUAUCGCUUAUGGUUUGGAUAAGACAGGCGGUGAGCGUCACAUCAUCGUUUACGAUCUUGGUGGCGGUACUUUCGAUGUUUCUCUUCUCUCCAUCGAAGAUGGUGUCUUCGAAGUUUUGGCUACUGCUGGUGAUACGCAUCUCGGUGGUGAAGAUUUCGACCAGAGGAUCAUUAACCACCUGGCCAAGAACUACAACAAGAAGAACAAUGUCGACAUCUCCAAGGAUCUCAAGGCAAUGGGUAAACUGAAGCGUGAGGCUGAAAAGGCCAAGCGAACCCUAUCUUCACAAAAGACCACCCGCAUUGAAAUUGAAGCCUUCUUUGAGGGCAAGGAUUUCUCAGAGACUCUUACUCGGGCCAAGUUUGAAGAGCUCAACAUCGAUCUCUUUAAGCGUACUCUCAAGCCUGUGAAGCAGGUUCUGGAUGACGCCAAGAUCAAGAAGGACGAAGUUGAUGACAUCGUCUUGGUCGGUGGUUCUACCCGUAUUCCCAAGGUCCAGGCUCUCCUCGAGGAGUUCUUCAGCGGUAGAAAGGCCAGCAAGGGUAUUAACCCUGAUGAAGCUGUUGCUUUCGGUGCUGCAGUCCAAGCCGGUGUUUUGUCCGGUGAGGAAGGUACCGGAGAUGUUGUUCUUAUGGAUGUCAACCCGUUGACUCUCGGAAUCGAGACCACUGGUGGCGUCAUGACGAAGCUUAUUCCUCGCAACACACCCAUCCCGACUCGCAAGAGCCAGAUUUUCUCUACCGCCGCCGAUAACCAGCCCGUCGUCUUGAUUCAGGUCUACGAAGGCGAACGAUCUAUGACCAAGGACAACAACUUACUCGGCAAGUUCGAGCUAACCAACAUCCCGCCUGCGCCUCGUGGCGUCCCUCAGAUUGAAGUAUCGUUCGAGCUCGAUGCCAAUGGCAUCCUGAAGGUCUCGGCUCACGACAAGGGAACUGGAAACACUGAGUCCGUUACUAUCACCAAUGACAAGGGCCGACUUAGCCAGGAUGAAAUUGAUCGCAUGGUCGCAGAGGCAGAGAAGUUUGCUGAGGAGGACAAGGCUACCCGUGAGCGUAUUGAGGCUCGAAACGGUUUGGAAAACUAUGCUUUCAACCUGAAGAACCAGGCCAAUGACGAAGAUGGUCUUGGUGGCAAGAUCGACGAGGAAGACAAGGAAGCUAUUCUGGACGCCGUGAAGGAGGCGACUGACUGGCUUGAGGAGAACGCGGCUACGGCCACGGCUGAGGACUUCGAGGAGCAGAAGGAGAAGCUCUCGAACGUUGCCUAUCCGAUCACAUCCAAGAUGUACGGUGGUGCCGGUGGUGCCGCAGAUGAUGACGAACCUUCAGGACACGAUGAAUUGUAAUUCUACUUAUAGAUUUGUCUUGUGUUAACUAGCAUACCCGGGCGUAUUAAAUGAAGAAAGUUAAAUUUCAUGGAUAUGUUCCAAUGUCGCUGUAUUAUCAAUAGUGAUGGGACGAGGCUGUUGGCGGACUACACGCUAGUUGAUAACUUACUGAACCGACACCCAGUAGAGGAAUCAGACAGUGCUCCUAGUUACCAAGCAUUGGACUUAUGUAUAUGACACCUCGAUACUAGGUAUUAUACUAGGUAUACAUAACCUAGGUAGUAGGCACACAUAUGUAACUAGUAUGCAGACGUGUAUAGGAUCC